AUGGAGUAUGAGUGGAAGCCUGAUGAACAGGGGCUUCUACAGAUCCUGCAGCUGCUCAAGGAAUCGCAGUCUCCGGACACCACCACGCAGAGAGCCGUUCAACAAAAACUAGAACAACUCAAUCAGUAUCCAGAUUUCAACAACUACCUGAUUUUUGUUCUUACAAAGCUGAAGUCUGAAGAUGAGCCAACACGUUCCUUGAGUGGUCUCAUCUUGAAGAAUAAUGUAAAAGCACAUUUUCACAACUUUCCAAAUGGAGUAACUGACUUCAUUAAAAGUGAAUGUUUGAACAAUAUUGGUGAUUCCUCCCCCUUAAUUAGAGCUACUGUAGGCAUUCUGAUAACAACCAUUGCUUCAAAAGGGGAAUUGCAGAAUUGGCCUGACCUCUUACCAAAGCUUUGCAGACUGUUGGAUUCUGAAGAUUACAAUACCUGUGAGGGUGCAUUUGGUGCUCUUCAGAAGAUAUGCGAAGAUUCUGCUGAAAUUUUAGAUAGUGAUGUAUUGGACCGACCACUCAAUAUCAUGAUACCUAAAUUCUUGCAGUUCUUCAAACACAGCAGUGCAAAAAUAAGGUCUCAUGCUGUUGCAUGUGUCAAUCAAUUUAUUAUCAGCAGAACUCAAGCUCUUAUGUUGCACAUAGAUUCUUUUAUUGAGAAUCUUUUUGCACUGGCUGGUGAUGAGGAGCCUGAAGUACGCAAAAAUGUUUGUCGUGCUCUGGUAAUGUUGCUAGAAGUUCGAAUGGAUCGCCUGCUUCCUCAUAUGAUUAGUAUAGUUGAGUAUAUGCUUCAAAGGACCCAGGACCAAGAUGAAAAUGUUGCUUUGGAGGCUUGCGAGUUUUGGCUGACUUUGGCUGAACAGCCAAUUUGUAAAGAUGUAUUAUGUCGGCAUCUUGCUAAACUGAUACCUGUGCUGGUAAAUGGUAUGAAAUAUUCAGAGAUUGAUAUUAUUCUGUUAAAGGGGGAUGUUGAAGAAGAUGAAGCUAUUCCAGAUAGUGAACAGGACAUAAGACCUCGUUUUCAUCGUUCGCGGACAGUAGCUCAGCCACAUGAAGAAGAUCAUAUUGAAGAUGAUGAUGAUGAUGAUGAUGACAAUGAUCUUGAUGAUGAUGAUACUAUUUCUGACUGGAAUUUAAGGAAAUGUUCUGCUGCUGCUCUAGAUGUCCUGGCUAAUGUAUUUCGUGAUGAACUUCUGCCACACAUCUUGCCCCUUUUGAAGGAAUUGCUUUUCCAUCAUGAAUGGGUAGUUAAAGAAUCUGGUAUCCUUGUUCUUGGAGCAAUUGCUGAAGGCUGCAUGCAGGGUAUGAUUCCAUAUCUUCCUGAGCUGAUCCCUCACCUUAUUCAGUGCCUCUCUAAUAAAAAGGCUCUUGUGCGCUCCAUCACUUGCUGGACUCUUAGUCGCUAUGCACACUGGGUAGUUAGUCAACCCCCAGACACAUACUUGAAGCCAUUAAUGACCGAGUUGCUAAAGCGCAUUCUGGAUAGCAACAAGAGAGUACAAGAAGCUGCCUGCAGUGCCUUUGCUACUCUAGAAGAGGAGGCUUGUACAGAGCUUGUUCCUUAUCUUGCAUAUAUACUUGACACUUUGGUCUUCGCAUUUAGUAAAUAUCAGCAUAAAAACCUGCUCAUUCUUUAUGAUGCUAUAGGAACUCUAGCAGAUUCUGUAGGACAUCAUCUAAAUAAACCUGAAUAUAUUCAGAUGCUAAUGCCUCCAUUAAUCCAGAAGUGGAACAUGUUGAAAGAUGAAGAUAAAGAUCUCUUCCCUUUAUUGGAGUGCCUGUCAUCAGUUGCUACUGCCUUGCAAUCUGGAUUUCUUCCAUACUGUGAGCCUGUGUACCAGCGUUGUGUCAAUCUGGUGCAGAAGACUCUUGCACAAGCCAUGUUGCACAAUGCUCAGCCAGACCAAUAUGAGGCUCCAGAUAAAGAUUUCAUGAUUGUAGCUCUUGAUUUACUCAGUGGUUUAGCUGAAGGACUUGGAGGCAACAUUGAACAGCUAGUGGCUUGCAGCAAUAUCCUGACACUAAUGUACCAAUGUAUGCAGGAUAAAAUGCCUGAGGUGCGGCAGAGUUCUUUUGCAUUGUUAGGUGAUCUGACAAAGGCGUGUUUUCAGCAUGUUAAGCCUUGCAUCGCUGAUUUCAUGCCCAUUUUGGGAACAAACCUAAACCCUGAAUUCAUUUCUGUGUGUAACAAUGCCACCUGGGCAAUUGGAGAAAUCUCCAUCCAAAUGGGUAUAGAGAUGCAGCAUUAUAUUCCAAUGGUGUUACACCAGCUUGUAGAAAUAAUUAACAGACCCAACACACCAAAGACAUUGUUAGAGAACACAGCAAUAACAAUUGGUCGUCUUGGUUACGUUUGUCCUCAAGAGGUGGCUCCCAUGCUACAGCAGUUUAUAAGACCCUGGUGCACUUCUCUGCGAAACAUAAGAGACAAUGAGGAAAAGGAUUCAGCGUUCCGUGGGAUAUGUACCAUGAUCUCAGUCAACCCCAGUGGAGUAGUCCAAGACUUUAUUUUUUUUUGUGAUGCUGUUGCAUCGUGGAUUAACCCAAAAGAUGAUCUCCGAGACAUGUUCUGUAAGAUUCUUCAUGGAUUUAAAAAUCAAGUUGGGGAUGAGAAUUGGAGGCGUUUCUCUGACCAGUUUCCUCUUCCCUUAAAAGAGCGCCUUGCAGCUUACUAUGGAGUUUAA